GAGUGGCGCUCGAUGCUCAAGGACCUGGUGCGCGCGGAGGUGACGUCGCACAGAGGCGACUUGGAGAGGAAGCAGCGCGGGAAUGGCGCGUACACGCUGCGGCCACUCUCCACCAUGUCUCAAGUGCAGGUCGACCACGUCUUUGAGUGCCAGGCGAUGGGCGACGUGCUCUUCCGCGCGGAGGGCAUGCGCGGUGUGCUGCGAGCCGUCGACUGGCAGUCCAAGAGGCGGCUGAGCAGCCAGCCUGUGGUGGUGCAGAGCGGGCUGAGCCACGCGUGCCUCGUGCACAACUCGCCCGACUUUCUGGUCGUCACCUCGGGCCUGAGCAACCGCAAGAAGCAGGGCGCCUUUCAGCGCGCGCUGCGCAUGCUCGAGCGCGGCGAGGAGCUGGAGCGCGGCAUCGAGGCCGAGCUCGCGCACAACUUCUCCAACCCGGGCCUGGAGAGCCCGUUCGAGCCCGCGCACGCCCGGCUGAUGGCGCGCGAGGUGACCCGCCGCCUAAGGGACCUCGAGGAGCCCCUCAUCGCGCGACUCGCGGACGUGCCGCGCGGACUUGCGCAGGGCUCCGGCCAGGGCAGGCGGUACGAGGAGCUCGCAGACGAGGUGCGCGUCCUGUACGACCAGUUUGCGAUAACUCAGAGAAUAUGACGUGGAAGAGUCGAGAAGAGGGCGCCACAUCGU